CCGCGCGCACAACAGACGGAUAGUCCCUUGAUGCAGACAAUCACGACUGGCACACAGCUUCCUCCUCCCGCACCUGUUGUCGUUCUGUUCAUCGCGGCUGCACCUGCAGUGUUAGAGCGCUAAGCCCCCGAGCUCGCCUGUCGAGCGACGUCAUCAGCCUGUUUAGAUCGUCUGGGGGGAUCCUCCCACCCUUCUGUCAGCUCCGACGUCUACUCAUUCUCUCGCUCCAAACACCGCUCUGCGAUACCCCUUCCAUCAUGUUUUGCCGAAUCGCCCCCGUUCUGCGCAUCUCUGUGCCGCCACGCUCUGUCCCAUUGUCGCGCCCCUUCACCGCUCUCGCCGCUCAGCAGCAUGCCUCGCGGGCUCCCGCGCUCGCCGACAUCAAACCCGAUGGGGCGAGCAGCUUCGAUGAGAAGCAGCGUGGUUUCCGGCAGCAUCUGAGGGAGCAGCAUGAGAAGCGUGAGCAAGCAGAGAAAGAAGCACGGGCGCGCGAAGCAGCCGCCGAUGAAAGCAAAGCCAAGGGCAAGUUGUCCACGCUAAUCUACGGUACCAAGGAAGGUCGCAAUCUCGACCGCGACAUGGAGAGAAGCUUCUCCCAGGUACUAGCUCGCGGCAAGUACGUCCACUCGAUCGUCUUCCACGAGGUCAAGCCGGACAAGGUAGACAAGUACGUCGAGCUCGUGGGCAACUGGUAUCCCCGCAUGGCCUCUAUGCCCGAGAACAAGGUACACUUGGUCGGCAGCUGGAGGACUGAAGUGGGUGAUUGCGACACAUUCGUGCACAUCUGGGAGUACCAGCGCUACCACGGUUACCAUGACUCGCUGUACUCCAUUCAGCACCACCCCGAGUUCGCCAACUUUGACUCCAAGCUCAAAUCGCUCAUCCACAGCAAGCGCACCUCGCUAAUGCAGGAGUUCUCUUUCUGGCCCACGACCCCUCCACGCGACCUCGGCGGCAUCUUCGAGCUGCGCUCCUACACGUUGCACCCGGGCAACCUCCUCGAGUGGGAGACGCACUGGAGGCGCGGUCUCGCAGCGCGUCGCGAGGUCAUGGAGGGCGUCGGCGCCUGGUUCGUCCAGAUUGGUGAGCUCAACACGGUGCACCACCUCUGGCAAUUUGCGAACCUCGAGGAGAGGAAGAAGCGCCGUGAGCAGAGCUGGAGCAUCGAGGGCUGGGGCGAGACGGUGCACAAGACGGUGCCGCUGAUUCAGACGAUGAAGAGCCGUAUCAUGGUCCCGAUGCCAUGGAGUCCGACGAAAUAGGAGUCGAGCGACGGGAGCGCAAUGAAACCCUUUAGGUCUGGAUUGAAUGGCGCGAUAUCGUUGAGGAGGAUGCUGCCGAAUGCAUUUGCUGCGGGUCAAGUCCAGGUAUAGUUUGGGAAAGGCGCGUACGGCAUUGGGGCAUGCAUUUUGCUCUUGUCGAAGGAGAUUGAUCAGGUCAGGCCCGUUAAGAAGCGCGAAACUAGUCUAUCAUCCUCCGAUGUCGUGGUUCGUGAAGCACGGAUGCC